UAACUUGUAGAUAAUUUAAAUAAAAAUGUAAGUUCAUAAGUGGUACAUAUUGAUUUGUACUGGCAGAAAAGUGUAUUUUCUUGGCUGUCCCCUUUGCAUUCUGAUGACUGAUGUCCUCUCCCACUUCGUGGAGAACAUGGGAUUACUAAAUAACUUUAGACUGAUCCUGUGACCGAGGCCGUGCUUUUUAAGUUUGAAGGGCUAUUGGUUCAGUUUUGGUGCUUGCAAAGGCUGUAUAUUUCUCAUAUGUUGUUUAAAUGAGAAUGGUUAUUUGGCAGUUAAUGGCAAUUAACUGUCUUCCAGCUCCUGGGCUUCAGCAGUCAGGCACCUGAAUUCAAUUUUGGAGCCUAGGACAUCAGCAAGUACACAUAAAAAAGCUCCUAAUUUCUUUUCCAUUCCCUUCUUCCUACUUUUUACUUAGCAGUUUGUAUUUUGUCUUCACCUUCUGCAGAUCAAAAUUGUUUUGGAUUUGGUGGCUUUGUAAUUCUCCUAACUAUAAAACCAGUUAAUGCAAUACUUAUGUAUUGUAACUAAUGCUAUGAGGCUUGUAAAGAAAAUACAAAAGCAGUGCUGAGAAAUAACUUUUAGAGGUUCUUCUGUGUCACACUUUGAUACAAGAUAAUGUCUGCAGAGCUUAAAAAAGGUAGUUAUAUCUGUGCAAGCUUACUUGUCAAACUACUUUAGUGUGAAACUAAUUACACUUUCAAAGCAGUAACUUACAAUAAUAAUACUUAACAUUGGGCAUGUGGAUAUGUGUAAUCACAGGUAACAUACUUAUUUAGAUGAGGCCUGAUGAGGUGUUUCAUCUCUAUUUUGCAAGGAAGCAUCUGUGCUUUGAUUCAUAGGAGGAAGAUUGCCUGGGCCAGGUCACAGCAAAGUGAUGGAGAUUUGAUGAGCAGCAUCAAGUCUGAGCCUUGUCCAGCCCAGCUUCCUCCUGGUUGUAGGCUGAUGCUGUAUUGAUGGGAGACGGUGCAGAUUAAAGAAAAUGCAGGAUACUUGUGAAAGAUGGUGGAUCGCUUGGCAAACAGUGAGGCAAAUACUAGAAGAAUAAGUAUAGUGGAAAACUGCUUUGGAGCAGCUGGUCAACCCCUGACUAUUCCUGGCCGUGUUCUGAUUGGAGAGGGAGUCCUAACAAAACUGUGUAGGAAGAAGCCCAAAGCAAGGCAGUUCUUCCUGUUCAAUGACAUUCUUGUUUAUGGUAACAUUGUCAUCCAGAAGAAGAAAUACAAUAAGCAGCACAUAAUCCCACUGGAAAACGUCACUAUUGAUUCCAUCCAGGAUGAGGGAGACUUACGGAAUGGGUGGCUUAUCAAGACGCCAACAAAGUCUUUUGCGGUUUAUGCUGCCACUGCUACAGAGAAGUCGGAGUGGAUGAACCACAUAAAUAAGUGUGUUUCUGAUUUGCUUUCCAAAAGUGGGAAGACCCCUAGCAAUGAACACGCAGCUGUGUGGGUACCGGACUCGGAAGCCACUGUGUGCAUGCGCUGUCAGAAAGCCAAGUUUACGCCCGUCAACCGUCGUCACCACUGCCGCAAGUGCGGCUUUGUUGUGUGCGGGCCCUGCUCGGAAAAGAGGUUUCUGCUCCCAAGCCAGUCUUCCAAGCCAGUGAGAAUCUGCGACUUCUGCUAUGAUCUUCUUUCUACUGGGGAGAUGACUGCUUGUCAGUCCUCUAGGUCAGACUCCUACAGCCAGUCACCUAAGUCAUCUCUAAAUGAUGUGUCUGAUGAUGAUGAUGAUGAAGACAGUAGCGAUUAAGGACCAAAUGUUCUUUCCAUGUGCUGCAAGUUGUAUUUCAAACCAUAUGGAGCUGCUUUUGGGGAAGUCCGUAGUGAGGUUCCUCAGAGAAAUCCUGUUCUAGCCAUGAAAUAUGCCUGAAUAUAUUCAACUGCAAUGUGCCUCAAUCUAUGAAUUCUCUAGACAAUAGUUGUUUUUUUCUCCUCUGCAGGGAUAGACUGGUGCAAAUGUUAUCAGAAUAUUUUCCAACUUCAUUUACUUGAGUUGUGUCUAAGUCUUGUGGAAGAUUGGAGAAUGAAAUGUACUUUCUUAAUUUAACAACCCAUACUUUCUAAUGUUUCACAUUGGUAUGUUAUAUGCGGGGUUUCUUUCAGAUUUGGGGAGGAAGACUGUAAGUGUGCAUGGGAUGAUGAUGUUUUUGUUAAUCCUGUAGACUAUCUUAUUUUUCUAGCCAUGGUAUAUAAUUACAAGGUCAUCCAGUUUGCAAACCUAAAUGUCACAAAACAUGGGAACUCUCGUUUUGCAGUUAGUUAUGAUUUCCUAUGCCAAGCAGUGCCUUGUACCAAUUGUGCUGAUUCAGGAAGAAACAAACAUAUUUUUUGUCUGUACUUGCCUAAAUGCUGGUGUCUGAGAGAUUGUUGGUGCUAUUGAAAAUAACUGCUGUGUUCAAAGUGGAGCUUUGACAAGGUCAUAGCUGCACCCCAUGGUGGAUGAUGGAGACCCAAAUGGCAUGUCCUCACCUAUGCAGGCAGACUGAAGACUUCAGAUUCCCACAGGCUUCAGCAGCUUUCUCCUUGCAGAAGUUGUACUGUGGGUUUGGAUCUUGAGAUGAGAAGCUUAGGGAAAUUCUUCUUGGGGAUUUAUAUAGUUUCUUUUCAGAACAGUUUCUAAGUUUCAAAUUUGGCAAAUGCAUACUGAAAUUUUACUUGGGUGACACAGCAUUUGGGUGUGCUAGCCUACACAUUUUUGGAAGUAAUUCCCAAAAAUGUCACAAAUUCUUUUUCUUAAAACACUGGUGAGAGUCUUGGUUUUUUUCUUCCCCCAGGAGUUUUAUUGGCUCAUUUAAAAAUAACAUCACAUUUUGAACAAGAAGCCUGCAAGUAUCCUUAUAAAACGGGCUUUCCUUUUUACACAGCUGACCUCAGGAUAAACGUAAGAUGCAAGUUAUUUCAUUUUAAAUGUAUACCCAGGACCAAGAAAAAUGUAUUUAAGGACUAUCAUGAAAUUGUCAGUGCAGAAAAUGUCACUAUCAUAGUGUUAAUUUUAAUUUCUUGAAUACAGAAGUGUCAUGUUCCCAUAUAAAUGCAAAAAUUACAUUUGCAAAGACAUGUUAAACCCUCAAAUACAUGUUUCCGUAUUUUUAUAAUGAUAACCUCAAUUUUGAAGCAGAAAAACCUCUUUGAAAUAGCUGUAUGAAUAUAGUAGCAACUGACUUUAUACAAAAAAUGUUAAACUUUUGUAUCUCUAAAUGACAAUUUCUGCACUGUUUGCCUUGGUUGGCAAUAAUUGGGUUAAAUAUUUAUUGAAUAAACAAUCAAUGCUGCAUGUUGCACUAGUCUCCCAUUCUGUAUGCUGAAAGUGUCAGUCAUAUUUUUUUGUAAAGAUUAGCAGAGUACUUCAGAGCUGUAUCCCUCCAUGAGAUUUCUGGUAGCUGAAGAUGCACUUAGCAUCUAUAGAGAGGCACUCUACAUUCAUACUUUGCAAGACAUUGCUUCAGGUGAAAAUUGCAUCAAUAUUUUUAGCUUAGACAAUUUCUAAAAAUAAGGCUUUCUUUAGAAGCACUGAGGAGUAUUUGUUCUAUUUGGAAAUAAAUACACAAAGGGAAAAACUCUUUGAUGCAAACUUGGGACCAGGAAGAUUCUGUAAAAUUGUCAGAUUGUAUAUAUUGAAAGACUAGUGGAAAUAGUUGUAUGUACUUUUUCCUUGAAAGAUGGAGUGGUGACUCUGCAGCAGGGAAAAUGGGCUGUUCUGAGAAGGCACUUUGAGUUAAUAGUGUAAUAAUCUUGGAAUUUCUGUUUCAGGAGUUGAGACUUGCUAGCUUCAGUUUUUCUCUAGAAUCGAAGUAUAAACCUCCCUUGUACUUACCUUCCAAUGACUAACAAUAGUUUUCUUCCUUAUCCAGUUGUUUCCUCAUUCUUAAGCUGUCAAAUUUUAACUUGUCUUAUUAAAGAGUCCAUCUCCUUGUGUACUUUCCCCUUGGUUUCCAUAGGUUUUGCUUUUCAGCACCUUUUGGUGGUGGGAAAAGGGUUUUUGAGAGUUAGAUCACAUCCUGUAUUUUGAGAAUGUACUUGUACCUACUUCAUAUAUCUUUUUUAUCUGUGAAGGAAACUUGCACUGUGCUGCACUGACCCCUGAAGCUGUAACCAAACCAAUGUGUGCGUGUGGAAUUUUUCAUCUGAAAAUGGACUGAACAUUGACUUCUCUUGUAGUUAAAACUUUCUGAAAGGGCUCGUUUCAUACUUUGUAAUCUUGUUCUGUCAAAUUACUUUAUUUACAAAUACAUGGUAUAGCUUCAA